CUACAGUUUCAAAGAACACAGUUCGCCUGCGACCUAUUUGUCCCAUCUCUCAAGUUUCAUUGCAUGUGGGAUCUGCUUACAGGGCUAGCUGUCGUGAUAUAUAGUUGGUGGGUGGGCGCAAAACACGAAUUCCCUCACCCCAAUCCACCCUCGACUGAGGUUUCUUUGUUGCUUGUGAGCUCCAUUGCGACACUGUGUAACACAAUAUUGUACGAUACUUGAAUCAGGGCCUCAACCUUCGCAAGAACACUUGUCGUAACACGCUGCACAGGACACACACAUAGCAAGUAGGACAUCCUCUCGACUCGAGUGCUGUAAGGCCUGGUUCAGCUUCCAGCUAUAAAUGUGAUUUGAUUGGAAAUCAGAAAAAAUACCGCAGGUACGAUUCGUCACGGGAGAGUUCAAUAAUGGAGACGCAAGAAAGCGAUUCAAGUCUUGGAGCUAAAACAACUCUGUGCAGGUGGGCGAUGCUUUUGGUUGUCUUGGCAACCCUUUUAGGGCCGGCAUCUGGGAAUUCGCCGGGGAAAAGAGACACGCCGAACUUUCUGUUUUUUCUUGCCGAUGACCUGGGCUACGGUGACCUGGGUACCUUCGGUAACAACACCAUGCCCACCCCACACCUGGACAGACUGGCAGGUGAGGGUGUGAAGCUGACGCACAACAUUGCGGCCGAGACGGUGUGUACACCCAGCAGAGCGGCCUUCUUGACUGGGAGGUAUCCGAUCAGAUCAGGGAUGGCCGCUGCUCACCCUAUGCGAGUAUUCACAUCCACAUUUAGUGCGGGAGGGUUGCCAGUCAGCGAGGUGACGUUUGCCGAGCUGGCCAGACAGGUGGGCUACAGGACAGCCUUCUUGGGCAAAUGGCAUUUGGGUUGGAGUCUGGACAGGUCAGACCCGGACCAUCCUCAUCCGUUGAACCAUGGCUUCCAGUAUUUCUAUGGCGUCCCCUUGACCAACGCUAAAGACUUCGGCGACCACAAUGAGCGCAUGUACCUGCUCAUGAACCCGAAUUUGAAAUCCACGCUCCUGACGACCUUCGCCGUGGUAGCGGCAGUUGCAGGGUGGCUUUGCUACUUUAAUUUUAUCAGAAAAGGUCACACUGUCCUGAUUAUGUUCCUGGCGGGACUUGUGUGUGGCGUGCCAUACUGGCUUGUCAACAACAUGAAGCUGCUGAAUUCCUUUAUGUAUCGGAACUACGAGAUGGUGGAACAGCCGAUCCACCUCCCGUCGGUAACGAGGAAGCUGGUGGCUGAGAGCGAGCGGUUCGUAAGAGCGAGCCACGAGGCCGGCCAGCCCUUCCUGCUCGUAGUGUCCUGGCUGCACGUGCAGGCUGCCAUUGCAACGGCCCCAGAGUUCAGAGGUCGCUCACGGUACGGCCCUUACGGGGACGCCGUGAUGGAGAUGGACUGGGGCGUGGGACGGGUGGUGGAGGUGCUGGACAGAUUAGGGCUGUCACGUGACACGUUCGUCUACUUCGCGUCUGAUCACGGGGGAAACGUCAACUUCACUGACUGGAUGGGUAGACAGGUCGGAGGUUACAAUUGGCCAUUUAGAGGAACUAAAGGUCAGGGGUCACCAGAGGGAGCUUUCCGGGUGCCUGGUAUUGUCCGCUGGCCGGCGCGUAUUCCCGCAGGCCAGGUCAUCGACGAACCGGUCAGUCUGAUGGACAUCGCGCCCACCAUCGCUGACCUGCUGCACGUGCCGUUGCCAAGCGACCGCGUCAUGGACGGCAAGAGUUUGGUGCCCUUGUUGACAGGAGAGACAGAGACCUCGGCCCACGAGUUCCUCUUCCACUACUGUCAGGAUGAGGUCCACGCCGUCAGAUACAGACCCAGGACAGGCAACACUGUAUGGAAGCUGUCACUACGAGAACCUAGAACUUUCAACCCUGAAUUGUUUGAUAACUUCUGUGCUGACGUCAUUCACCUUGACCCUCCACGUCUCUACGACAUCACCUCUGACCCCGCGGAAAGCACUCCCCUCAAUUCUAGCCAAUACCCGGGAGUGACUAACACAAUGUUGUUUGCUCUAGCUGACCACAAACAGAGCAUUGUCGCCGUGCCCAACCAGUUCACAUUGGCCAAGAUUGUGUGGAUACCAUGGAAACAGGAUUGUUGCAACUUUCCAGCCUGCUCUUGCGAGGACGAACUGUUUCAAGGAAUGUUUCUUGACUGAUCGUUGAACAAAUUAGUUAAGCAGAGCAUCACAUUUUUAUACAUUUUCUCGCUGCAUAUUAUUUUCGCGUGAACGCCGCAGGAGAUUCUAAGAAAGAAUAUUCUUCAUUAGCCUCUUUAAUUUGAGUUCAAUAAAGUUUCCGUCACUAAGUCA